AUGGGUAACCCCAAGAAAUCCACCCACCGCGAUUCGGACGAUAUGACCUCGACAAAGAGUCUCGCGAUAACGGCGCCUGGUUUCAACGGUAUCCUCGACUUCCUCGACCCCAAGCCGCCUAAGAAGCUCGAGGACAUCCGCGAACGGCUCCAAAGUCACGGGCAACUACGUCAUCUCCUGAGUCAGUUCUACGCAAGAAACCAAGCCCUCGCGUACCAGAGAAAGUUUGACCCCCUUAAUCACGCAAGCGUCAUCACGUCCACCACGGAUGGCACUACCCUCAACCAGUACGCCCACUACGCCGAAGAAUUAGAGGAUGGCACAACCAAGUACCACCAGUACCGUAUCAAGUCGACAAAUCCCAACUCCCACGAGGACUUCAAGGACGGUUACAAGCGCCUCAGAAACGCACAAGACUACGCCAAGGGCCAGUCGUACAUUUUGAAAGACGAAUUACAGGGACAUUGGAAGCAGCAGCGCAGCAGUGGCCGCAAUGUUAUCACCGAAGGCCCAAGGGGUACCGACCUUGCCUGUACCAGGCACCGAACCAGUAUAUACAAGAGAAUGAUGACGAUUACUAAGUCGUAA